AUGGCACUGCGCUGCGACCGGAUCAUUGAGGUUGACACAGUCUCAAUCUUUGUUGGAAAGCUUAAUCCCCAGAUAACCGAUAGCGAGCUUAGGGCCCGUUUUUCGGCACACGGGAGGAUCAUCGAUUGUAAUUUGGUCAAGAGGCAAAGCAGGCAUGGUAGGGUCUGA